AUAUAAUUAAAAAAAAAAACACAGAAAGGAGCAUCCCACCUUCUUCCUCCCCAGUUGCUCCCUGUAGAGAGAAAUAUGGAGAAUCGCUGAGGAUAAGCAUCUUCCUGCUUCCAUGUCCCAAGUUUCUUCUUCUCUGCCUUUUUCUACUUCUCCGUAGAAGAAGAAAUUUUUGGGCUAUUUUCCCGGCAAAAUCUGCGAGUUCCCUUUUCUUACCUGAGAUCCGUUUGAGAAAUGGGCACCCUUCCUCCAGAUUCAGAAAGCUUUGAUUCAGAUCUAUGCCUCAGAAUGGGGCUCAUACUCUCGAGUAAACGGGUUAAAGAGUCACCGAUGGUUCUGUCAUGGCUUUCUUCGUCUCUGGAGAGAUCUGUGCUGCAGAAUGAGAAAUUAAUUGGAUCGUUCGAGAUCAAAGACUCUGCAACUGUGUUUCAUGGGCGGUCUCCGCCUGACAUCAGCGUCAGGCAGUACUUGGACCGUAUCUUCAAAUACUCCGGCUGCAGCCCCUCUUGCUUUGUCGUCGCCCAGAUUUACAUGGAUCGGUUCCUCCAGCUGGCUCGUGUUCAUCUCACAUCGCUCAAUGUCCACCGGCUUCUCAUAACAAGUGUCAUGUUGGCUGCAAAAGUCUUGGAUGACAGGUAUUUCAACAAUGCCUACUAUGCAAGAGUUGGGGGUGUGAGCACGAGAGAAUUGAACAGAUUGGAGAUGAAAUUAUUGUUUACGCUUGACUUCAAGCUUCAAGUAAAGCCCCAGACAUUUCAUGUAUAUUGUUGUCAGUUGGAGAAAGAAACAAGUGGGGAGGGGUUUCAGAUCGAGUGGCCCAUCCAACAGGCGUGUCGAGCCAAAGAAGAGACUUGGCCAAAGAGGAGGCCGGAGUCAGCCUGCCCUCAAACGACAGCCCGGUGACUGCAGAGGGUAUGAUAUCGGAUUUGGUUGGUAACACUGGCGAUUCUUUUCCACUGUUGUUGUGAUUUUGUACUGUGUGUAAAAAUAUGUGCGGUUCUUCUCAUAGGUAAAAGGGUUGGUACGUCCUCUGGUGUGUUGAAAAUGUAUUGCAUUCUUUCUAGGUUUUUUGAUUGUAUGUGACACACACUCUUGCCCCUU